AUGGACACUCUCCGCUCAUCAUUCCGCUUCAAGGUCAGCAGCACCACGACCACCAUCAGUGUCACCAACCACCCAGCCACCAUGGAAGACGCUCUCCUGACGCGCCCGAGGGCACUUUCCUCAGUCAUCAGUGACAUAGGAAAGCUAGAGUGGACAACGCCGAUCCGCGAGAUUCUACCGGAGUUCCAGCACUGGGACGACAAGGUCCAGAAAAACGCCAACAUAGCCGCCCAUGUUCGAGCUACCCUCUGGAAACGAAAACCCAUACGCUCUCGGGUGGCCCCGUACCGAGCUGCCAGCUCCCUUGGGCCUCGCAAACAAUGA